AUGUCAACAAGUGGGCAUACAGUGCAGCAACAACAACAGUUGCAACAAGAUCUACAAAAUGAAUUAACGUCUACAAAUCAACUUUUAAGGUUAAUAUCCAUUGAAUUACAAAAAAUUAAGCAUUUUACUGCUAGUGGCGGAGAGUUAGAAAGCAAUAUUUUGAAGAACGCAUCCCUCAUUGAAAAUUUAGCACGUUUACAACACGUUGACUUGCAAAACUUACCUUCAGUUGCGAGAAGCCGUUACGAAGAGGGAAAUGGCAAUAUGUCACCAUAA